AUGCCUCCGACUCUUAUCCUCAUCCGCCACGCGGAAGCACUUCACAACGUCGACAAAGACUACUCGAUCCCCGAUCCCGUCCUCUCGCAGCUGGGCUUGCAGCAAUGCACGGAGCUGCGCGACCACCUGCGACAGGGCAGAGAACGCCCGCAGGUCUCGGAGCUGGCUGAGCGCGCGGAGCUGAUUGUCGUCAGCCCGAUGCGCCGGACGCUGCAGACUGCGCUGCUGGGACUGGACUGGUUGGUCGAGAAGGGCGUGCCGUUGAGGCUGGACGCGGGGUGGCAAGAGAACUCGGACAAACCCUGCGACACGGGCACCCCCGUCUCCAUCCUGGCGACAGAAUUCCCCUCGCUCGACUUCCGCGACGUCGAUCCCACCUACCCGGAGAAGGUCGAGCCUGUUGCUACGAACCCUUACGCCUUCAGCCGCCGCGCCGUCGUCGCCCGCGGCCAGCGCUGUCUCGCGUGGCUGCACGACCGCCCGGAGAAGGUCAUUGUUGUUGUCACGCACUCGGGCUUCCUGCGCUGCGCCAUCAGCCAGCGGCGGUACGCCAACGCCGACUACAGGGUCUUUGACUUUGACGAGGAAAAGAGCUCGGGGGGCGAUUACGGGCUGAGGGAGUGGGAGGGCAUGGAGAGCGGAGGGAGGGGCAAGAGCGAGAGGGGGGCGGCGGGGAUCACGGAGUGGGACUUUCCCAGGGACGAACGGCUGGGAGAGGCCACCACCGAAGUGCCCAAUUGA